CAAUUUUGUCUAGGAAAAGAACACAACUACAUCAGUGCAAGAUGAAUUCAUGCACUUGCUGUUGUGGGGGAAGGCAAGUGCUGAACUUCAGACCCUGUUAAUGAACCAGUUAACAGUAAAGGGUUUAAAAAAACUUGGCCAGUCUAUAGAGUCAUCAUAUUCUAGUAUACAGAAAUUGGUUAUAAGUCACUUACAGAGUGGCUCAGAGUCUUUAUUGUACCAUUUGAGUGAACUGAAAGGAAUGGCUUCAUGGAAGCAAAAAUAUGAGCCUCUUGGACUAGAUGCUACAGGAAUUGAAGAUGCGAUUACUGCUGUGGGUUCUUUCAUACUCAAGGCAAAUGAACUUCUCCAAGUUAUUGAUAGUAGUAUGAAAAACUUCAAAGCGUUUUUUCGAUGGCUCUAUGUGGCAAUGUUGAGAAUGACAGAAGACCACGUGCUCCCCGAGCUGAAUAAGAUGACUCAAAAAGAUAUCACAUUUGUUGCUGAAUUUCUUACUGAACACUUCAAUGAGGCGCCAGACCUUUAUAAUCGAAAAGGAAAAUACUUUAAUGUUGAAAAAGUUGGUCAGUACCUGAAGGAUGAAGAUGAUGACCUUGUGUCACCCCCCAACACAGAAGGAAACCAGUGGUAUGACUUCCUUCAGAGCAGCAGCCACCUUAAAGAAAGUCCUUUGCUGUUUCCUUAUUAUCCACGAAAAUCAUUGCAUUUUGUGAAAAGGAAGAUGGAGAACAUUAUUGAUCAGUGUUUGCAAAAGCCAGCAGAUGUAAUUGGAAAAUCAAUGAAUCAAGCCAUCUGUAUUCCCUUAUAUAGAGAUGCUAGAAGUGAGGACUGUACCCGUAGAUUGUUCAAAUUUCCUUUUCUAUGGAAUAAUAAGACCUCGAAUCUGCAUUAUCUUCUUUUUACUAUUUUAGAAGAUUCACUUCACAAAAUGUGCAUUUUAAGGAGACAUACUGAUAUUUCCCAAUCUGUAAGUAAUGGAUUAAUUGCUAUUAAAUUUGGAAGCUUCACAUAUGCCACAACUGAGAAAGUGAGAAGAAGCACCUAUAGUUGUUUAGAUGCACAGUUUUAUGAUGAUGAAACUGUAACAGUAGUUCUUAAAGACACUGUAGGACGUGACGGAAGAGAUAGACUGUUGGUCCAGCUGCCGCUGUCUUCGGUGUAUAACAGUGAAGAUAGUGUGGAAUAUCAGUUCGCUGGGACUUACUCUACCAGGCUGGAUGAGCAGCGCAGCGCCAUCCCCACGCGCACUGUGCACUUCGCGAAGCACUGGCGGCUGCUGGAGAGCAUGAAGGCCCAGUACGUGGCUGGGAAUGGCUUUCGGAAAGUGUCCUGUGUGUUAAGCUCAAAUCUCCGUCACGUGAGAGUGUUUGAAAUGGACAUAGAUGACGAGUGGGAGCUCGAUGAGUCCUCGGAUGAAGAGGAGGAGGCCGGGAGUAAGCCUGUAAAAAUCAAGGAAGAAGUGCUGUCCGAGUCGGAGGCGGAGAGCCAGCCCGCAGGGGCUGCGGCUGUGGCGCCCGAGGUGGUCGUCAAGGUGGAGAAGGUUGACCCGGAGCUGGGCUCGUGACCCUCUGUGUUUCCGUUGUGCCGUGCAGGACACAGGAGGGGGCUGGGUGUCUUGGGCCAUUUUAAAUUUUUGCGUGUGUGAAGCAAAGAAAUAAAUAGUAAGUCCUA